AGUCAGUAACUAAUCGAUAGUGUUAUGGCCGCCGUUUGGCUGGUGGACGAAAUUCCAAAGUAUGGAGCUGAGAAUGGCUGAACACGCAGUUUGUUUUAUAUUUUUCUUAACAUUAUUAGAAGUGGUUGUGAAAACUAAAAUGACAAUACAUGGAAAUAGCCAUGCUUUUAUGCAAGCCAAUAAUGAAGUCAGAUAUCUUGUUGAUGGUAUGGCAGUAUCUCCCAUGCACAAGGAAUUCUCAAGUUCUUCAGGUGUUAGAAUGCCAAGUUUAGAUGAAAAUCCUAUGUAUAAUAAUAAACUUCAUUUAAAAUUUGAUCCACCACUUUUAGACUUCAGAGAAAGGCAUGUUGGUGUCCCCCACCAAGAAAAAGUUACUCUUUUCAAUGUGAACAAUAAUAAAACAGUACACAUGUCUUCAAUAUCAGGAAGCACAGUACAUUUCCACAGUUCAUUUUUUGAAGACAAGGUCAUUCCCCCCCUUGGGAAUACAUCUUUCAAUGUCGUGUUCCUGGGACGCGAAGAGGGCGAGAUGGAGAGCAACCUCUUUAUUCAUACUUCAGAAGGAAGUUUCAAAUAUCAGGUGAAAGGUGCAAGUGUAAGCAGUCCUUAUCGCUUGAGGCCGCUCGUAGGUGUACGUGUGCCUCUGAACUCCACAUACUCUCCUCUAAUUUAUAUGCACAAUCCUCACACAACUCCAGUACAGAUUGUCGAAAUUUACAGUAGUGGAGGAGAGAUACAUUUGGAACUUCCAUCUGGAGAACUAGAAGCCCCCAAAAAUCUGUGGGAGAUACCACCUUUUCACACAAAACCUGUCAUCAGAGUCCAUUUUGUUGCAAAAAUAGAAAAAAAUCACACUGCUUAUAUCAGAAUCAAGGUGAACAAUAGUGAAGAGGUGCUAGUCGUGCCACUUGAGGUGGAAGUCUCUUCUAAUGCAGGGCUGUACUCUCAGGAUGAUGUGUUGGAUUUUGGUAUUGGCGGCAGCCGGGACAAACCAAAAGAAAUUAGACUUCUACUUUAUAACUCAUGGAAGAAAGUGAUUCGAAUACAAAAUAUUAUUACGACACCGGUAUCUAAAGCCUUGAAAAUAGAUUUUCAGCCUGUCAAAGUUCCACCAGAUUCAAAAUCACCAACGCAAGUAGCUGUUCUAACAUUUGAUUGGAAAACUUCAUUUGAAAGCAAACACUUCGGCGGUAAACUUGUAAUAAAGAGCAAGCAUAGCCAGCAUAAGGUGGUAAUUCCGUAUGUGGCACACGUACUGGAAGGCGGCCUGGAGUUCAAUGCCUCUGUCACUCAGUACUGUUCUGAUUUGGGGCUGAAUCUUGGUAUUAGAAAUUUCACUGUAACAAAUGGAUUCAAAAUACCGGUGGCCUUAGUAAAUGUUACCCUUCCGAAGGAAGCGCAGGCACAUUUCAUGAUUAAAAAAUUUACACCAACAGUUCUGGGUGAAGGGGAAAAAGUUGUACUCUUUCAGCUAGCUAUCAGGAGGGAAACAAUCGAAUCAGAAUUGAAGCUUGAAUCAAAUCUGUUUCUACAUACAAAUAUUUCAACAGUAUCAAUUCCACUUUUGUGUUAUAAUGGGCGACUGUUGAAGGUGAUUUUAUCAGGAUUUAAUGAAACAAAAUUAAAUUUUGGAACAGUUGGUAGUGCGAGUCACAAGGAAGCCCAUUUCGCUGUCAUUAAUAAUAACCCAGUUGCAGUUCUUCUUAAAAGCUGGGGCACAAAUAUGACUGGUGCAUUGGUAGAAUUGGUUGGCGCGGAGGAGGGGAACCAGUCGACCGUGCUGCAACGGCACAGUUUCAGCAACAUGAGCACAACACUGGUUUUGAUGCCUGGAUGUUAUGCUGUAUUCCGAGUGUUUGUUGAGGCUCCAAAGACUGAAGGGACUGUGUUGGCCGAGGUGUUUAUUAAGACUCAGUUUGAGCGUUUAGUAAUCCCAACAGUGAUGACAGUAGCACAUGGGGAUCUUGAGUUAGUUCCAGAAUCACUUGUUAUUGAUGAUUGCUUUCCUGGUAAGUUCUGUAGUCAGCAACUUCGUGUUCGGUCACUGUUCAGUCGAGAGAUGGACGUGACAAGCAUUACAAGUGUGCCACCAGACCCGCAAGUGAGCUACGAAAAUGGGAGAGAACCCGACGGCUCUCUUGCUGUACAUGUAACUCGCAUAUUACCACUUAACACCAGCUCGGUUGGUGAGCUGAGGUUCAACCCAGCCGUUGGGUGCGGAAAUCACUGCUAUCUUGGCAUAUCACCAAAUUCCACAACUGGAAGUCAGUGGCUCCAUACACUGGGACUUCCUAUUCACACACAAGAUAUGGACUUGACUUUGCUGAACACGAGGCAUAACCGUUACCUGGCACUGACAGACGGAGCACUCUCAGCAUGGCAGAAUCUGACAUUGCGUCUUGAUACCACAGAGGUGCGAGGUCAUUUGUUUCAGGCCAAAGUGCGACUCACUUGGCCCAAACUUGUUUCUUCAACUCAAGCUGGGAACGCCAGUUGCAUUACCUUCCCACUUACGCAGAUUGGUAACACAACAUACAGGAAACUGAUUGUGCAAAAUCCUUCAUCAAAAGUUGUGGUGUUUCAGUUAGCUCUGGACUCUGUUUAUCUGCAGGGGAACCGUUUGAUGGACAACCUUCCAGAAAGAUUUCAUCCAAAUUGUAAAGAUUGCUCAAACUCAAUACCAGGAGAAUUUACAUGGGUGGAAGGCAACCGGUCCACUGCUGCAUUGCAGAGUCAGCUGGGAGUACCGGUACACAGAGAUAGUUUUGCCAUGUUGCUGCAACCUGGUGAGACAGUUCGCGUCACGUUGGGCUUCAAGCCUGUGAGAACUGGUACCAUCUCAGCUCUAAUCUAUGUCAGAAACAACCUAACUGUGUUGGAGGUGGUACAAGUUUCGGGACAGGCUUCACACGCACAGUUCAAAUUUGGAAACCGGAAACCAGGCUCUGGGUCUCCUCUCCUCUUUGAAAUAGCAGAGAAACAUCUUAAAGAUUGUGAAAGGGAAAAGCAUCGUAAGUUUCCAGUGCCAAAUCUAACGGUGAAGAGGUCAUUCACUGCUCGCAACACUGGCGAUUUACCCAUCCAUGUGCGAGGCUUUUACAUUAACGGACUUCCUUGUGAAGGUUUUGGUUUCCGGAUACUCAACUGUGUAACAUUCCAUCUACCACAGAACGGCACCCGCAAGAUUGACAUAGCAUUCACCCCUGACUUCACACUCGCACGUAUACAGCGUACUUUGAGUAUAGACACUAGUCUCAGCAUACCAGUUAAUUACACGUUAAUUACAACCCUGCCACCAUACUUUCUGGUGUCUUGCUCCAGAGUCUUAAGCCGCCCUGUGUGGGAACCAUUGCUUUAUUAUUUAGCAGUUAGUUUCAUGUCAUUCCUUUUUCUCUCUGUUCUUUCUCUUGCAUACUUAGAGUCAGAUCGUAUACUUAAAUGUGCCCUCAUAGCAAUGGCAAGAGAUGGAGCAGCUGCUGUGCCGUCUGAUUCCAAGCAGAACUGUUCUGGCAGCCACAAGAUUGGAGAUGGUAAAUCAUGUACUGCGAAGCCAGAAGGAGUAGGCAAUUGGAAUCUUGGCUCAUCAGCUCAAGAGACAGAAAAACACAUGAAAGCGUCACAUAGCUCACAUAAUUCUGUGGGUUUAUGUAGCAAAAAUAGUAGUUGGCCUGAGCCUGAUGACAGACCUGUAACGAACGAAGUGGAUAACAAGGAAAAAUCAGGAUGUAUAAAAUAUGAUGAACCUGAAGUGGGAUUUUCAAAUUCUUCAGCUCCACUUUUAACAAUAAGAAAUAAGAAGAAGCUUGGAAAACGAAAUAGCAGUAACAGCGACACGUCUUCGCUUUCUGAGUCAUUACAUGAAAUUCCAAUAUUGAAGAAAGGUUGGGGGAGUGUAUUUUCGAGAUCCAGUCAGGGUUCGUCUGUGUUGAAAUCAAGACAACGAGAUGCAGAGAUUAAAGCAACGGUGAACAUUGAAAAUUUUAUGGACAUGGAGUCAAGCACCAAGAAGAAUAUGGAAAUCAGUAAAAAUGGCAAGAAAAUUAAUCAAGAAUUUAAAAAGAAUAAAAUUCAGCCAGAAGCCAUGGUUUGUUCAGAGGAAGAAACUUCAUCUACCACAACAGAAAGCUCAAACAAUGAUGAAAUGGAAAAGGAAAGAGACUCAUGUGAAAGAAACUCUUUGGACAGGCCCCACAAAACAACAACAAAGAUUGGUAAAGGUAAAAGCAGUUCUGAAUACAGAGAUAAUUAUGAAGGUGACUGUGAUGAUGAUGAUUAUGAGCGUGAGGCUCAUAGGAGGAAAGACUUCAGCGGCCGCUGGAAAUCCACUCACAAGAUGACACUUGUCAAAAGCGCACAGCAACAGGAGCAACAGUUUGAUGCCGGAUCAAGCAAGACAUCCACAUUGGGUACUGGUGAAGUCCCUAGACCACCUAGUCUAGAGUUACCAUAUAAACUGAAGUCAACAAAAAAUACCAGUCGAGAUCGAAAGGACAAAAAUGUACUUAAAAGACACACAGCAGAUAAAACUGGAAAUUUAAAGGGACCGAUACCUGUCAUGGAAUCCAGCACCCUGAGGAGCAACACUGCAAGAGUAUCACCUCCCUUACGUUCAAGUAAUUGUUGGGGUGAGCAUCGAGCCUCAUUUAGCGAUGUGGUGGCGAGGAACGACGGUCCUCUCUAUUCAAGUAUUGUGGCCCCACAGAAGUGUAUGCAGCAACAACAACAGCAGAGCUCGGAGGUUGCAUUGUCUCCAUUUACCGAUAUUAGUACAUGUAGCAGCGCCAGCAGUAACAUUGGUGGCGGUACAACCGGGAAAGCACCAGAGCCAUCUGUUCCUAACAACAUUUCACCUAGUCUUGGUCCAAUAGGUCCAAAAAAGACCAUGGCUUCUUCUCCUUCCCCUUCGUCGUCUUCUUGGGAGAUUGUUGGUGAACCACAAUCAUCUCCAUCAUCAUCAUCACAGUUUCUGUCACAGCAGGACUCGACAAGCUUGUUCCUUAGUCCAUUUCCUGAGGCACCUCAGUCACUGCAGAUGGAUGAAAGUCCAGAAUCAACACCAUUCGUGAAUGAGAUUGUUUGGAAACAACAGAACCAGGUUAUGGGAAGAGCACAGGGGAAGAAACAAGCGGAGAAUUACCAGUGUCAGAAUCAAAAUGCAUUCCGAGAAUUAUGGCCCCACUCUUUGUGGGACCCCCUGUACACUCCAGCAGCAGUUGACAGCGCCCUGUACUCUACUCCCGCAAUGUCAGAGGAAGCUCACGCUGCUCCCAUCUCAGUAUGGGGCUCUCUUAUGAACUCAGUGUGGUCAUCUUCUCCUUGGUCUACUGGAGCAGGCUCCGUGGUGCCCACCAUCUCUACUCAGCCUGGUCCCCUUGUGCCUCUGGCUCCAGUUUCAACUCCAAGGCAAGAGGUGGCCCACAACGUCAUUGAAGACACUGCUGCUGAUAUUGAUCCUGGUCUUGGGUUUGAUCCAUUCCGAUCACUGAACAACAUCUGGUCGCCACGUUCAACAGACAACUGGAAUUCUCCGAGCAAUGAAUGAACACUCUACGAAUGGAAUUUUAAUCUCCCACUUAAGCGACAGUUUGUUCGCAUCCUUUAACUCUUUUUCCCGACAUUUCUGCAACGUUUCCGCACGGGGUGCUCCCAAGAACUGACAUGCCUGUAAAUACGCUGGGUUCAGGCGAAAAAACCAAACGCGGUUUGGUUACUUGUCACGCCUGGCUGAGAGAAGCGUGGCGACUGGCAGGCGUGCAUUCAUGCCUACACAUUCACGGCUGUUUUGUUUACAUGAGCUGUCACCACAGCGGGACUACUUUCACGCCUGUUAUUAGACGUGGCACCAUGCAAAUGUAAACACCGGAUGCUACAUGCCUUUCCAUGAGGUUUUAGUCUCAAGUGUUCAGGUUUUACUCCACAGAUGGCGCUACAGUUUUUAUUUCAUAUUUCCUUGUUACUUACGCUGAUUUAGCUUGGUCUCAAGUGUUUAAAUUCCUGCUUGAUGCCAAGGAUGGGCUGGGUUCAAAACUAGUAGGAUUUUUGUGAAAAUGAAAGAAGAAAUUAGUGAAGAAACCAACAGCAGAGGAAGAAGUGAAGAGGGAGGGACCGGGGGGAGGGAAGAUUUUUGCGGCCGCUCAUUAAAACAGUCGCCUAAGCGGGUAUAUGCUUUUAUUAAAAUCCGCAAGGGAUUAUGGAAGCGUGGGACCCACCUCCUCCCCCGCCCUAUGCUAAAAACUUACAGGCAAAUUUCGAAUUAGGUAACAGAGUUAAGAGAGAACAUAGAAAGCAAAACUGAAAGCGUACCGAAUGAGAAAGAAACACGUGACAAAGGUUCAAGGCGAUUAAGGGAGAGAGGUGAGCUGAUCCAGUCUCAGCAACAAGAAAAAUUUGAAGUGAUAGGUUUGAGGAUCAGUAAGUUAGACAGAAAAAUUUCACAAGAAAACAUUAGUUGUUCAACUCUGCUCAGUUCCCAAACCGCCACCCUUAGUGAUCAUCAUAAUGAUUAUACAGGAUUUAAUAAUUUAUAUACUUGCUUUAGAGGUACUUGUAAUAAACGUAAAGAUAUGCUUGUGGAUGUUGAAACACAGCAACUUGUGCCGUCAUUGAAUUAAACAGUUUUGAUGAGUCAUCGUUUUUUUUUUACGGACGGAUUUUUAUAAGUAAAUUUAGGCAAAAGAAACAAAAGACAAACUAGAUGAAUCCAGAAAACUUCGGAGACUACCUCAGGUGAACCAUCUGAAGGUAAAUCGCAAAUUCAUUAUAGGAAAAUCAAGUCGACCACGACUUACAGUCUUUUUCAACAAGCAGAAGACCAAAAUUUAUGUUAAGGAAUACCCACAAAGAGGCAAUGACAUUGCACCACAUAGUUUUGAAACAAAAGGGGCAAGUGAUCCUAGUAAGAGCUGACGAUUGUAGAAAUUAAAAACAAAGUCUAGAAAUAAUACAAACCGAAUGUUUCCUAAUAUAGAAGAAUACAAAGUCUCAGGUCUUACUUUUCCCAGUGAAAUUUUAGGAAUUCAGAAAAAAUUACUGGAUUUGAUAACUGUUGUUAUAUAUGUACGAAGAUAAUUUGGUUAAGAGCCCACAAAUAGAAAUCAUGUUUAGUGAUAGAUGUAAAGUAAGAGUUACCUUGAUACAGGGGGUGAAGUAAAUUUAUUGUUCGAAUGGGUUUAUAUAAAAAUGAUAAAGUUAGGUAUUAACCGUUGCAUUUUACGUUUUGAAAAGGUAGCUUUGGUAACAGCUUUUAAUAGGCGUUUUAAUAAAGUUGGAGGCCAUGGUCGAAUUUACUAUAGGUGUAAGUAGAUUUGAAGGAGUGUUUAUGAUUUUUCUACAGCUUACGAAUUAUGUCAUUUUAGGGUGUCAGUUUUUAGGAGAGUAUGAAGUCAACAUAGACUUUAAUAAAGAAACCUUGACAUACGUUACAGAAAGUUGCGUCGAGGAAAAAGCAUUUUUUCGCUUAGCUGAGUUUCAUGAUGUCGAACGUAAAGAUCAAGGCCAAGACCAUAUCCUUAAAUCAUACCGAUCCGAAUCCUAGUACCUCAUCAGCUGGCGAGCUAGAUCAAUCACAACCUUCAGUGUCUAUAUUUUCCACACUGCCUGUUGCUGCCAGCGUGAUGAUGACAAUGAUGAUGUAAUGUCUGACAAAGGUGGCAUAAGUUAACAUAUCUUCUGGAAUUUUAGGAUUCUUUUUCUUUUUCCCUGGAAACCCCCAUCUGAAAUUUGUCCUGUCUAUAUGCCUUGAAGGGAGUAGUUAUUUUACUGGAUUCCCUUACUGACCACAGCCAGUUAGAAGUUUCUAAGGGACAAUCUAGAUCUAGAAUAAUUCACCUUAUUUUUUCCAUGUGCAAUAUCUGAUACAACAGCUCCUGCCAUGCCUUUAUGCUUCCUUUGUGUUCUUAAUCUGUUGUAAUUUGCACCAGGCUGGACUACCUUGUGGUGAAGCCAUUUGUCAUAUUUAUUCAAGUGGGCAUAUAUAUAUAUAUACACACACACACACACACAUAUAUCAAACAUGGUGAUUUCACCCCUUGCAGUUUCUUACCUCUUAACGUUUAUCAUCCAGGAAUACCUUCCUACCACUCAGUGCUACAGCCCUGGGUGAACCUUGGCCUCCUCUACAACCAGUCUCCACUGCUCUUUGUUCCUCAUCUUCUCUUUCCCUCCUUUCACCUUCAUCUUCUUCAGGUUGCUCUCAGCUUCGUCUAGCCAUCUUAUCCUGGGUCUUCCUUUUCUUCUUUUGGAAUAUAGCCUUCCUUUUAACAUUCUGUUUGACAUUGCAUUAUCUUCCGUUCUUUCGACAUGCCCCAUCCAUUUUAUUCUCUGUGACUUGAUAAAGCUUACUGUAUCAUCUCCUUUCAGUAAUGUGUUUAUCUCUUCAUCCUAUCUUAUCCUCCAUAUAUUAUUUUCCAUCACAGGUCCAUAUAUUUUGCGUAUUUUUCUCUCAAACAUUCUCAGUGCAUUCUCUUCUCUUACUGUUAAGAUAAAUGUUUCUGCCCUGUAUGUAGCAACGGGUCUUAUUACUGUUUUGUAUACUAGUAGCUUAGCUGCUCUUGAUAUUAUUAUAGUUUAAAGCGUACUAAGAUUUGCGAAGUAGGCCCUGUUUCCUGCUUGUGUCCUUUCCUUAACAUAAUUAUCAUUUCUGUUGCCAUUAUUGAUCAUAUUUCCUAAAUAUUUAAAACUACUCACUCCUGUAAAUAAUUUCCCUUCUACCUUUAAAUCUUACGGUUUCCUUCUAUCUUCCCUGCUUUUCCUUCCAUUUUCUUAUAUAUCUUAAUUAUAAUUUCUCUGGAUCUAGCUAUUAUGACAGUGUCAUCCACAUAUGCACAUAUUUGUCUUUAUUUUGCAUAAAUUGUUUCUGAUCAGUACUCUAUAUUACACUGUGUAAUGCCACUAUGAAUAGUACUACUUGCUUGAGUCCAGCAUCAAAUUCAAAUCUUGCACUUAGUUUAUUAUUUAUUUUAAGUUUUGAUUGUGUGAUAUUCAUUGUCAUUGAAGUUAGCCUAAUUAAUUUAUUUGGUAUUUUCAUCUGUUUCAUCACUUCAUAAAGUCUUUCUCUGUUAACGCUGUUGAAUGCUUGUGUAAAGUCUACAAAUAGCAUAUGCAAGUCCAUGCUGUAUUCAUAACACUUUUCCAUCAUUUGUCUUAUUACGGAGUUGGUCAGUUGUAUUUCUAUUCCAUAAAAUCUGCAUUGAUACUCUCCGAUGAUCUAUUUGGUUACCGUCCAUUUAUUACACUAGAUAAUAUAUGCUAUGUUCAGGAAUGUGAGUCCUCUGUAAUUUCCACAUUCUCGUUUAUCUCCUUUUUUUUUUAGAAUGGGGCAUAUGAUUCCUGUGGGGAUUUAAAUCUCCCAGUACUGCAGCACUGGUGGCUGCAGUUUAACUUUUGGGGAGUGAUAUUUAUAUUGAUAAGAGCGAGAAAAGGCUUUCUGGACCAGCCCAUGUGCCAUAAUAAGAGAGCAAUGCAUGGACAACAGAUGUUUAAAAAUAUUUUCACUGUUUUAUGUGUAACAGUUUUGCUGCAUUUAGAAGUGUGCAGUGCACUACAAAAGAAAGUGCUCCACUAGAUUUAUAUACAAUGUUCCAACACUAAUUGUAAGAACAGUGCUUGUAUGAAGGUGAACAAAGCUCACAUCCCACUCUUCAUCUCAAAAGAUCAUGUUAUGCAUGCUUGUGAAGAGAGAUGACUUGAUAUGGCUAUUUAGUUUCUUAUACCACUGAACAAUAUAUUUACACCUGUUUUCAAACAUGAGAAUGUAAAUAGAGACUACACUGAUAUGAUUUUAAAAAAAGAAAUAGUCAACUUCUUACUAUUGUCAUUAUUUCGUUAUGUAACCAACUGAAAAACUGCAGUGUAGGUAGCAACAUGUGCAGUGAAAUGUCACUUUGUUCAAAUGAGGAUUAUUUUUUGCAAAUUCAUUCAAAAUGUGAUUAUAAUGUAAUGUGUUUGGAGUAGAUACUUCCAUGGCAACGCAAUAACAGUGGGCCGCUGCGUAGACAAUGCCGAAACAACAAACGCGUUUCCAUGGAGGUAUCUACUCCAGACACGUUACAUUAGAAUAUUGUAUUUUCCAUUUGCUAUAGGUAGAGCAAUAUAUAGUGUAGCUUUUUAUGUAAAGCUUAUCUCUGUUUUGAAGGUGAGGUAUAAAUGCAGAGUGUGAGGUACACCUCUGAUGAGGCUGUACCCAUUUAUGAAAUUGUAAAGAAAAUGAUAUGCCCCUUUUCAAUCAUAAUUAUAAUUCUGAAGUAAUUCUCUAGCUACUGAAAUUCUAGCAGGCAAGAGUGGCUGAAGAAAUGUACCCCACAUUUCUCUCCAAAAAGAGAAGCAGCAUUGCAUUCCUACUCAGAGGUAUCCUGGGAAAUACAUAGACCUCUGGGAUCUCUACAGACAGGUAAUGUAUG